AUGGAUAACAGCAGGAACAAUCGGCGAGCACUCGACAUUGGUCGAAGCAGCGACUGCAGGCCGACUUCUGCGGGUGCUACGUCAGCUCCCAGGGCGCCGGAGUGGCGCAUUGGCACGGGCGCCGUGCGAUUCGCCAUGGGCGGUGUACCCCAGCCUUCGGAUCCCGCUCUCGGUGCGUUGCCCAGAGCUGGCUGGUUGGCUGGCUCCCAGAAAGUUGUGCUCAUGGAUGGCGUCAUGAUGACAAAUCUGGUUCUCCUCCGACCUAGUGGUCCGAGAGUUGGCUGA